GUUGCUUUUUUUUGAGUUUUUUUUGGAGUGGUAUUCAAUUAAUACAAUUAUUUAAUUGGUAAUGAUAAUAUUGUAGCCAUUCGAAAUGUGCUAGUCGUGUGUUCGAAGAUAAAAGGCUUUUAUUAAAAGCAUACACAGAGGGCUUGUAUCAGUUUCCACAGUUGUCAAAACGUGCCGUUCGAGGCAGCACAAACUAUGGACAUAGAGCUAGUAUGUGUCAAGAAGGAACCCGAGGUGUCUGUGGAGUUGGAGCUUGUAGACAAUGUGACCAACCCUUUAGAGGAUGAUGAGACGCAGCCUAUAGCUGUGUGUGUGAAGACAGAGAAACAAGUGUGUACGGAAGAGUCAUGUGAGGUGCAGCCCGGACUUGUGUGUGUUAAAACAGAGCCCAAAGAGGUGUGUCUCGAAAUGGAGCUUAAGGAGUGUGUGAAAACAGAGCUUGGAGAAGCUGCGGAGAAAUUGGGAACUGCGUCUCCACAGACCGGACUGUAUACCGAUCAUGAGAUCAAGAACGAGCUUGUGCUGGGCCCUGAGGAGUGGCACCGCCCUCAAGUGCUUCCAUUACCAGCGGAUGCAGACGCCCGUGCGAGGGAACAGCUCACGAUGGCUUGUACCGUGGUGCUCGAGCGCCUCCCCGGCGCGACUGUUCACAGCGGAGAGAAACUAUACCCCUGCAAACACUGUGGAAAACAUUUCAUGAACAACUCUUUCUUAAGUAUUCACAUAAAAUAUAUUCACUUCUGGCCUGGAUCUAAGAAAUAUACAUGUGGUUUCUGUAAUUCUACUUUUGAAACUCAAUUGCUUGUAACAGAGCAUGAAAAAAGUGAACAUGGUGUAACAAAUUUCAUGUGUGCUGAUUGUGAAUAUUCAACAAGUUCGAAAAAAAGUUUGCGGAUCCAUGUGAACAGUCAUUGUGGGGAGAAUCUAUUUCGUGGUAGGUGUAAAAGUAAAAUACAUCUCAAACGUACUAGAAAAAAGCCUCUUAAGUGUACGAAGUGUGGUUUUAAAUGUAGGCAUGAAUCAAAUCUGCGACGUCACCGGAAAACGCACAACAAAAGGCAAAAAGAGCCGUACGUAUGUGGCCAUUGUGAUUACAAAUUUAUUCGAAAAUCGAAUCUUAAAAAACACAUGAUGAUACACAUUGGCGCGAAACCAUACCAAUGUAGCGACUGCGACUACAGGUGCUAUCAGAAAGCAGACUUGCGAGUACACUACAGGACUCACACAGGAGAAAAGCCUUUCCAGUAUAACCACUGUGAUUAUAAAUCUAAUUCAAGAUCGUGCUUAAAAAGACACCUGAUGAUACACACUGGAGAGACGCCAUAUCAAUGUAACGAAUGCGACUACAGGGGCAGACAGAAAAUAAACUUGAUAAUGCACCAGAGAAAACACAACGUGGAGACUUUCCUUCAGUGUAGCCACUGCGAUUUUAAAUGCAGUCAACAAUCAGAGCUGCGACAACACUUAAUUGUACACACAGGGACGAAGCCCUAUCAAUGUAGCUACUGUGAACACAGGUCUAAACGGAAAAGAGAGUUGUUAGAACACCAGAGGAUACACACAGGGGACAAACCAUUUCAGUGUAGCUACUGCGAAUAUAAAUGUAGUUGGAGAUCAAGCUUGAGCAGACACUUGUUAACGCAUACUGGGGCGAAGCCAUUUGAAUGUAGCAUCUGCCACUACAGGACCUCUCAGAAAGGACACUUGCUGGUACACGUGAGGACACACACAGGAGAAAAACCAUUUCAGUGUAACCACUGCGAUUGUAGAUUCCGUGAUACAUCCAACCUGCGCCGUCAUCAAAAGUUGCAUACUGAGACAAAGUCUAACGUAGUGGCGAGUACAAGUGUGGCCUAAAAGUUUCCCUUCAUCAUCAUCAUAUCAGCCCUUUAUCUCCCACUGCUGAGCAUAGGCAUAUCUUCUAGUACGCCACUUCUCCCGGUCCUGGGCUAAUCUCAUCCAGUUGUCCUGAUCCAUUUCCUUCCCUUGCGCAUUGGGUUUUACAAGAAGCAGGUUAGGGUGCUCAAAGGUCAACAACGCAUAAGUGGCUCCCCUGAUGUUGCUUAUGUCCAUGGACGGGGAUGACUGCUUCCCAUCCGGCGGCUCGUCUGCUCGUUUGCUGCCUAUUUCAUAAAAAGAGCUCUGAUUCACUUUUUGAUUUAAGUUGUUGAGUUUAUAAGGUUUAGCAUUUAAAAUCAGCGCCAAAUACUUAGUGAGGGAGCGCAAAAGGGUUUAUUUUGAAGUAACUCUAGCUCCUCAGAUGGUGUAGUUUCGGUACAACUAAUUAUUGUUACCUAUGAUGUGAGUUAAAUAAUAAUAUUUUAGGAGUAAAAUGUAUCUCAAGUAUUUUUCCUCAGUCAACCCCUUGACCACGUGUUGAAAAUAUACCAAUGUAAUUGCACCUCCAUGUUGAGUCUAUUAUUUGUGUUUAUGACAUGUGGUUUAAAAACUAACUUCUGGGGUUCGAUAUUCAAAUAUAUGUGUUAUUCGCGUAAAUGCAAUGGUGGUUUGUUGAU